AUGCCAGUACUAAAAUGUCUCGUAGUUGUCAGUGUGCUAGCCGUAUUUCCCAUUCCAAUGGUUUACUCUACCGAAUGUCAUCUCCGCGAGCUCGAUCUGUGCUUAACUUCAGCCGCCAGCAUUAAAGCGGUACCAGUAAACGAUGAUGAGAUUGACAAAUACUGCAACCUAAUCAGAGAAGCUAUUGAGUGCCUAUCAGCUUACGUAAAGAAGUGUGCAACACCUAUGCAAAGGGAGGUUAUCGCCUUCUUCACUGGUCGCGGAUUCAUAGAGCAGGGUGAAAAAUUCUGCACUAAAGGUGACGAACUUCGAAAUAACUACCUAGAGCAAGCCCCAUGUCUCGCCAAGGCACAAAUUGACGGAAAGAGGUGUAUGAAUGAUAGUCAAGUUGCUUUCGAGAAAUUUGAAGAAGUACCAUUCCAAAACAAGAUCACAUUCGUGUGUUGUGUGUAUGCCCGAUACAAAAAGUGCUCACACGAUAUUAUUGAAGCUACAUGUGGCGUCAAGGCGGUCGAGAGUAGCAAUACCAUGAUUCGGCUACUUUCAUCUAAUCUCAUUCCAACCGUUUGCUAUGGCUUCGACUCGAAUCCCAGCUGUGCCUCGCUCCUGCCACCAGCCGGCACCUCACCGAAAAAUAAUGGCAAAUCAGUCGUCAGCAAGCUCAUAUCAGCGUACGUAAGGUCGUAGAAGGAUCACGAAGUUUCCGGAAAAUCAAAAGGUCGAAAAUUCAAAUAUCGAUACUGCUGCUAAAGCUAAGAAAAGUUAUGGAAUGACAUUUACUCUACAUUUCAACUUAGUUCCGUAUCAACAUUUCAUAAGGUAUAUU